AUGAGUUCAUUCAAACUCCCUGAAGAUACUAUAAAGAAGAUGAAUUCGAUACAACUGAGAUUCUGGUGGAACAAGACGGGAAAAAAAGAUUUUUUUCUUACUUGUUUUUCGGGUAUUUGUAAAACUGUAGAUGAUGGGGGUCUUAACUUCAGGGAUCUUUGGUGUUUUAAUCUUGCGUUAUUGGCCAAAGCAGCAUGGAGACUCUGUACUAUAACUGAUAGUUUGUUAGUACGUUCUCUCAAUGCAAAAUAUUUCAAAAAAUAUCAUCCUCUUCAUGCCCUUAAAAAGGUGGACUCUACAUGGUCUUGGAAGAGUGUUAGCUCCGAGUUUGAUUUUAUCAAGAAAUUCAGCUUUUGGUUAGUUGGUAAUGGAAAACAGAUUCUUAUUUGGCAUGAUAAGUGGAUUCAUCAUAAGGAAGUCCCUCAUUCUCCAGCUAUUAAUGCAACCAAUCCAUCUUCUUAUACAUAUGUUACUGGGUUGAUUGAUGAAGAUACUAAAAGUUGGAAGUCACUACUUAUUUAUAAUCUUUUCGACACAACUACCGCUCAACAGAUUCUUAGUAUGAGGAUUCCAUACAACAGUGAAGAUAGACUUUGUUGGACUCUGACGAAGAACGACAAUUUUAUUGUCAAAUCUGCUUAUUAUGCUCUUUAUAAUAUAAAGAACCACAAUGGUCAAGCUACAUACAAACGCAAUUCUAACAAUACUUAG